AUGCCGACUCCCAUCGAUCGCGCGGUCCAACAACGUGGCCCUUUCUUCGCUUUUGCCGCAGUCGUCGCUGGUGUAGCAGCAUGGAGUAUCUGGGGACAAGACAUCUUCCCUAGUCAAGACCCUACUGGCGACCCAGAAACAUGGACACACGAUCAAUGCGUUACCUGGCUCAAGCACAGGAAUCUACAUCCCUCCCCUGUCGCAACAACCGCUGAGCUACUGGAGCGGAUCAAGGCGAAUAUGAGGGUAGCCAGAGAGCGCACGCCAGGUCAAUAA